AUGGAUGCUUCACGCCAGUAUUUAUGCAGCUACCUUGAGUCGUUAAUUGCUAUAGCUCAAAAUUCUAAUUGUGAUCCGACGAAAGGUAAAGCGGUGAUAUCUUAUGAUCCAGCGGUAAAUAGGCCACAUGAAAUAUCAAGAAUUGUGCCUCCCGUUAAGUGGCUUCCUCCUCCUGAGGGUUGGGUGAAGCUCAAUACGAAUGGUUUCUGGACUAAUGAUGGUAGGGCUGGUGCUGGUAUGGUGCUUAGCGAUAAUCUAAGCAACAUUAUUUAUUCAUCUUGCAGGGAGUUAUUUUCAUGCCGAGAUGCCCUUGAAGCAGAAUUAUGCGCUUGCGUGGAGGGUUCAUCCAUUGCUAUUCAGCGGACGGAACUUCCAGUUUGUAUCGGGAUGGAUUCACUUAUAGCAGUGAAUAUGUUGAAGGACAAGGACAUUGACAGAUCAAUCUACGCGUCUUUGGUGGCAGAGAUAAAGAGAUCAAGAGAGAGGGCGGCAGUACGAUUUGGGAUAGAAAAGGGAGACGGAAGGAUCGGUCGAGCGGUAACAGCGACUAGUGUAAGCCGGGCGGGCAAGCCAUUGGAGGAGUGCACACAAGAAUCUCAGGGCGGGGGAGGGGGGGAAGAGGACAAGGCCACUCCAACUGCCGCGGCCGCGGCUCCUUUUUUUCACUUCUUUGGAUGCCCUGACUGGGAUGUGCUCACAGUGGAAGCGGAGGAAACGCACCAACAUUUGCGCAGGCAGAUUAUCAUCGCCGUCGUCCUCGCCUCCAUCGCCGGGGUGAUGAUCGUCCUCGCCGUGCUUUUCGCCUGCAUCGCGUGGCGGCGAUAUCGCCGAGCCCCAGACGACUUCAAGGACACCCAAAGCACAGAUACCCAAAGGAUAGCAUUGGUGCCAAUCUUGAACAGGUUCAACUCAUUCAAGGCUACCAAGAAGGGCCUUGUGGCGAUGAUGGAGUACGCGUCGCUGGAGGCGGCGACGGGCAAUUUCAGUGAGAGCAAUGUGCUCGGGGUCGGUGGAUUCGGGUGCAUGUAUAAGGCCAGUUUUGAUGGAGGGUUUGUCGCUGCGGUGAAGAGGCUGGGGUGCGACGGACAGGAGUAUGAGAAAGAAUUCGAGAAUGAGCUGGAUUUGCUUCAGAGGAUUCAGCAUUCGAAUAUAGUGUCCCUUGUGGGCUUCUGCAUUCAUCAGGAGAACCGCUUCAUUGUUUAUGAGCUGAUGGUGAAUGGAUCACUGGAAACACAACUUCAUGGACCAUCACAUGGAUCAGCUCUAAGCUGGCACAUUCGGAUGAAGAUUGCUCUUGAUACAGCAAGGGGAUUGGAGUAUCUUCACGAACACUGCAAUCCACCAAUUAUCCAUAGGGAUCUGAAGUCAUCUAACAUACUUUUGGAUUCAGAUUUUAAUGCAAAGAUUUCAGAUUUUGGCCUUGCAGUGACAAGUGGAAAUCGCAGCAAAGGGAAUCUGAAGCUUUCCGGUACUUUGGGCUAUGUUGCCCCUGAGUACUUACUAGAUGGGAAGUUGACCGAGAAGAGCGAUGUAUAUGCAUUUGGAGUAGUACUUCUUGAGCUUCUUUUGGGCAGGAGGCCAGUUGAGAAGAUGGCACCAUCUCAGUGCCAGUCAAUUGUUACAUGGGCCAUGCCCCAGCUGAUUGACAGAUCCAAGCUCCCUACCAUAAUCGACCCUGUGAUCAGGGACACGAUGGAUCGGAAGCACUUGUACCAAGUUGCUGCAGUGGCUGUGCUCUGCGUGCAGCCGGAACCAAGCUACAGGCCACUGAUCACAGAUGUUCUCCACUCUCUGAUUCCCCUGGUACCCAUGGACCUUGGAGGGUCGCUGAGGAUCAACCCGGAGUCGCCUUGCGCGACACAAAAUCAAUCUCUGUGCUGA